AUGGCAGAGUUCAGAGAAGCAUUGAGAAACUACCAUGUUAGGACACUGAGGAACUUUGAGUACCAUAGGAAUGAUCCAAGUAGGAUCAUAGCUUGGUGCUCAGAUAGAAAGCAUGGUUGUGAGUUUUACAUUACUGCUUCUAAGAUUGCCCAUGAGGCAACCUUUAGCAUCAAGAAGAUGAAUCUUGAUCACACUUGUGGAGCAAGUGGAGAAAACACAAAGGUUACCAUGAAGUGGGUUGCAAAGGCUGUUGAGGAUACUGUAAGAUCCAAUCCUGUUGCAGGUGUUGAGACUAUACUGAGUUAUACAAAAAAGAUUAGAGUACAUGUUCCAAAAAAAUUGGCCUACAGGGCAAAGAGGAAUGUAGUUGAUGUUGUGCAAGGGGAUCACAAGACACAAUACUACAGAUUAAGAGACUAUCUGCAGUAUGUUAUGGACACAAACCCUGGGCUUGAUGGAUGCUUCAUCAAACUAAGCACUGGGCAGCAAAUCCUGGCAGCAACAGGGAGGGAUGGCAACAACAACAUCUUCCCUAUUGCAUUUGGUGUUGUUGACAAGGAGGAGACAGAUAGUUGGACUUGGUUUCUUACACAGUUGAGGACAAUAAUUGGUAGUGGUAACAAGUUUGGAACCUACACAAUUAUUUCAGACAUGCAAAAGAGGUGGGACAUGACAGCUGCUCCAUGUAGUCAUGUUGUAGUAGCAAUGCAGAAGGUGAAGCUACAUCCUGAAGAUUUUGUCCAUGAGUUCUUCAAGAAGCCCCUCUACUGUGAAACCUACAAGCAUAUUAUAUACCCUGUUCUUGGCCCUGAUUGUUGGCCACACACCAUGGUGGAUGACAUAUCUCCUCCAGUAUUCAAAGAAAAGAAGGGUAAAAAGCAGACAGCUAGAAAGAAAGGACAGUUUGAGGUGCUUGCCAAGAAGGAUACAUCAAGAAUUGGGAUAGUGACCUGUAGCAACUGCAAGAAGCAAGGAGAAUAG